AUGCAACCAUCUUCCCUCGCGAUACUACUUCGCAGAAUGUCUGAUUUGCCAGUCUCACAGGCUGACUUGUUUCUCUUGAGUGAAUGGCACCAGAACUCAUCGCUAUCUGUCGAUGAGCAGCGAGAACAAGUUUUCGCUAAAUGGGUGGCACUAGGAUUCCAUGGCCGUGAGGUAUUUGGACUUUGGUCCCUUCAUCACUACCUUAUUCGCGGGAAAGCUAACGGAUCCGAACAGAGGCUCAAGAGCCGCUCUGUACUGGAUCUCCUACCGCAUAGCCAAGAGCUCUUGAAUCGCAUCCGCCUACCUGCUGAGCGCUUAUUAACUGACGACCCAUUGUGGCUUCGCACCUGCUAUGAGCCUUCCACCAAAGACUCUUGGGCCAGAGUUCAAAAUCACCUUGAACACAAGUUUGGGGACAACCCGCCUCCAAUUUUCAACAACCCAUCCCUAUACAACUUCGACUCCGAUUGGGAGAAGAUUUUUCUUCGUUGCCCAGAGCUCCUCAUUAGUACUCAAUCAGCCGAGGAAUAUGAUGAGUAUGUUAAUGAGGCCCUGCAAGAGGGGAUCGAGGACGAGAGCGAGGAUGCCCAGCAUGCUGAAGAAAGCGGCUAUGACCCAGUGGAGGAUGGGCUCCCAUGGAUAUGUUUUUAUUCGGAGUACCUCUGGCGGCUUGUAGCAGGACGUAUUCAUAUUGUUGAUGCGACAACUCUUGCCUCCGAUGGCCGCGACGCAGGAAAAGUCCUAGUGAUGUGGUUUGACCACUGCGGACGGGCAAUUCGGUAUUACCGUGAGGAUUUAGAGGAAGCGGGAAACAUUGCUAAGUGUUUUGAUUAUAUCCUCAGAGACCUUAGAUGCUGGCAAAAUGCGGAGAUCGGCGGAUCUUAUGAAUGGGGUGCACCCUUGGGACCGCCUUACGGUGAAAACGGAAGGGAGUGA